CAUCGAUCAUUCCCAUUGCAGCCUGAAGGUAAGAAGACUGGGCAACGCGUCGAUGGUGGUUACGUCCAAUUGCCUCGAUGAAACUGGGGCUUAACGGAAAGACCAGACCCAGGUUUGGCGGUCGUUCUAGCUGAGCAGGGAACUGAGAGACUGUCGUCUGAAAACGAAGAAGGCCGAGGAGGAGGUCCGGUCAACCCAAGGCCAGCUCCACAGGUUGAUGCAGCAAAUCGAGGGAUGGGCCCAUCGUACCCAAGGUUCGACGGGAAAUGGCGGCUCUGAGUGGCUAGACGACGACGACUUUACAACAAGCACCACGAGGCUCAAAGACCGGUUCGACGAGGUCAACAUCGAGUUCGACGCUAUGUGAUGGCUAGGUGCCGGAUGAUGUUCGACGCCGUGAUCUAUUUUGAGGAAUUGUUCACGUCGGAGCUGCUCAGCCACGAUGUUGAAUCAACCAGAAACACAGCCAAGGCCAGCACUGUCAUUGCCUUCGUUGCUAUGCUGUAUCUUCCCAUUACCACUGUUGCGACGAUUUUCUCCAUGCAUGUCUUCGACUUUGAGAACGACUGGCGAGAUGUUCACUUCUGGAUAUAGCUCAUCGUCUCCAUUACUCUCACGGUGGUCAUGGUCUUUGGCUGGUGGCGAUACACAAGCAGGACUCGCCAGCGCACGCUGAAAGAGAG